AUGGUGUCGUUGAAGCUGCAGAAGCGCCUUGCCGCUUCGAUUCUUAAUUGCGGCGUUCGCAAAAUCUGGAUGGAUCCGAACGAGGUUUCGGAAAUUUCUGCCGCUAAUUCGAGACAGAACGUCCGCAAGCUCGUGAAGGACGGACUGGUGAUCCGAAAACCUACGAAGAUUCACUCUAGAGCGCGCACUGCAAGAGAGCAAGCUGCCAAGCGCCUCGGUCGACAUACCGGUUAUGGUAAACGCCGCGGUACCAGGGAAGCCCGGCUCCCGACGAAGGUGUUGUGGCUUCGACGCCACCGUGUGUUGCGUCGAUUACUUUCCAAGUACCGCGAUGCGAAGAAAAUCGAUAAGCACAUGUAUCACUCGAUGUAUCUCAAAUGCAAGGGUAACGUGUUCAAAAACAAGAGAGUGCUCAUGGAAGCCAUCCACAAGUCUAAGGCUGAGAAGGCAAGAGAAAAAUCCCUUGCCGACCAGUUUGAAGCUCGAAGAGCGAAGAACAAAGCAGUACGAGAGCGAAAGAUUGCCCGGCGUGAAGAGCGAAUCGCUGCGGGCGUUUCGGGACUCCGCGCCGGUAAGCAAUAA